AUGAUAAUAAAAAAAGAUUUUGAUGAUAAAAACAAUAUUUCAAAGAUACCUAAAGAUUCUCCUAUAAGACAACAAAAAUUGAAAGCAUGGCAACCAAUACCUACAUUAUAUACAGUUAUACCAUUUACAUUUUUUAUUGGAAUUAUUUUUAUUCCAUUAGGCGGAAUAUUAUUAAAAGAAUCUAUUAAUAUAAAAGAAUUAAUAAUAGAUUAUACAGAUUGUUUUAAUAAUUUAAUAUGUGAAAAAAAAUUUUUUCUUGAGGAUGACUUUAAUGGAGAUGUAUAUUUUUUUUAUCAAUUAGGCAGUAAUAUAUAUGAUGUAUCAGGAUGUGAUUCUUAUUCACGAGAAAAUGAAAAUGAUCCAAAUUCUAAGGUCAUUUAUCCAUGUGGAGCAAUAGCAAAUUCAAUGUUUAAUGAUAAAUUUGAGUUAGUUUAUAAAUAUAGAGAACAACCAAAUCCAUUAUGGCCAUCAUAUGAUAUUACUGUUCCAUGGACUUAUAAAGGUUUAUUAAUAGAAGGGGAUCGUGUAAGACUUUUUAAAAAUCCACAUUAUGCUUCAACUUCAUCUUUAUGUGAAGCAUUAUCUAAUACUGUUCGUCCAAAAAAGUGGAAUGUUGAUGUCUGCAUGCUUGAUGUUACAAAUUCUCAAAAUAAUGGUGUACAAAAUUUUGAUUUUAUUAUUUGGAUGACAACAGCAGGAUUUAAUAAUUUUAGAAAACCAUAUAGAAAAUUAUUGAGAACAAUACCUCAAUUAUCAAGUGGAUUACCACGUGGAGAAUAUGUUUUAAAAGUUACUAACAAUUACGAUGUAUUAAGUUUCAAUGGUACAAAACAAUUUGUAAUUUCAACAACAUCAUGGAUAGGUGGUAAAAAUCCAUUUUUUGGUAUUGCUUUUUUAACAGUUGCAGGUAUUUGUAUAUUCUUUGGUUCAGUUUUACUUAUUAUUCAUUAUAAAUUUGGUCACUCAUUAGAAGAAAUAGGUAAUUUAGACAAUAUGUAA